AUGCUAGUGCAUCAGGUAGUAGCUCGAAUUGACAAGUACCCCCUCGACAAUCUGCUUCAGUGGCCAGAAUGCUCCCGAAGUGACGCCGACAAAAAAUAUAGGAGCAAUUACUACAAAUUUCAUCGAGAUCACAGACACAACACCAUCAACUGCAGAGACAUCAAAGAUGAGGUUCAAUCUUUGUUCCAAAGAGGUAACCUGAAGGAGUUCUUGAAGACCUGGGGGGGCAUUGGUAAUAAGCGGAAGGCACUAGCCCGACAGGCUAGACGGAAACCCGGAGUAACCUUCUUAAACGAAGAGGUGAAUACCCAGCUCCAGCCGCACAACGAUGUUUUUGUGGUCGUUGCCAGAAUCGACCAUGAACCCACACGUUGGAUGCUGGUGGAUGGAGGGAGCUUGGCGAAUGUCCUACCUUUGACGAUGUUAUGCACGCUUGGGUGGGACCUCACGAAUCUCAAAAGGUGUGCAUUGCUGCUGGUUGGCUUCUCCGGUGAACGACUCCAUCUUGAAGGCAGCAUCGAACUACCCCUAACCUUGGGGGAAGGAAAAGAAGAUGUCACUCGGAUCGAGGAAUUCAUGGUAAUCGAUGGUCUUCUAGCCUACAACACCAUCCUUGGAAGACUGGCGAUACACAACAUUAGGGCUGUUCCAUUUACUUACCACCAAACAAUGAAAUUUCCCACCCUCAACGAGAUGAGAACCUUGGACGAGCAGCAACGAGCCUCAGAGGAAUGUUACGCCACCACUAUGAAGGAACCAAAAAUUGUGGGUGCCAUCAACAUUCUGGAAGGCGAGCCCGAACCCGACUCCUCCACUUCAUGA